GAGCAUCCCGCCCCACGGAUGGACGGCUCUCCGGGGUCCCGGAGCUGCUGUGCUGGGGAAGGGGGGUCGCCGGCUCUGCCGGGUUUCCGGCUGCUCCUUGUCCGACACACGCGAUUCGCCUCCUUUCUCCUGGUUCUCCUUCCCCCCAAACCUCCCGACCCGGGACUAAGCCUGGCGCCCCCAAAUCGGGGAGCCCCACAUCGCCCGCCUUACCCAGCACUGUCCACCCCGCCCAGUGACUGCCCAUCCUGCACCCACCCCUGUCCGGUCCCUUCUUCGCGUCUGGUGGUCUGUACAGCGACGGCAGCUAGUAGGAGGCGUGAGGAGAGAGCCCCUGGACUCCCAGGCUCCUGGACAGGGAAGAAGAGGAAAAGAAACCUAUUUGCUGAACGCUGAGCGUGGGUGACCUGAGGGCUAGCCUGUUGGUUCCAGGAUGUCACUGCCCAAGUCCAGUGAUCAGGAGGGCAAGAGUGUGAAGGCUGACCAGGAGCCGUCCCCGGAGGCGAGCACAGAUGUCAUUCCGGCAGCCCCCAGGAAACCCAGGAAAUUCUCCAAACUGGUCCUGUUGACAGCCUCCAAAGACAGCGCCAAAGUGGCUGGGGCCAAGCGCAAAGGAGUACACUGCAUCAUGUCCCUGGGGGUACCAGGCCCUGCCACCCUGGCCAAAGCCCUCCUUAAGACCCAUCCAGAGGCUCAGCGGGCCAUUGAGGCAGCCCCUCAGGAGCCUGAGCAAAAACGCAGCAAGCUGGACCCUGACACAGGCAGCAAAGAAGACAGCGGAUUUGCAGCCAUGGAUCCCGCUGGGCAUGGGGAGCCAGCUGCCGCCUGCCCUGCUACACCCAGUGCGUCCUUGUAACCUUGGCAACGUGGCUACAGCUGCUGCGUCUUCACUGCCAAGGAUGGGUGGUUCUACUAGUCCACAAGACUUCCCAGGCCAGGUCGUCGGGGGAUUUUCACUUUCAACAUUGUGUAAUUUUUAAAAAAUUUUACAUCAAGCCUAAGUUACUUUUGUAAGGAGAAAAAAAAAAUCAAAAGGAGAAUUUAAAAGCUGUAUACUAUUACCCAUCAUGGACAGGUUUUAAACGUGCCAGGAUUCGAGUCCUUGGAGACCAGCUCCAAUCCCACCACCCUUGGGCCCGCUCUCCCCCACCAGCCUUCACCUGGCCCUGCCCCAUAGCUGCUUGGCCUGGGCCAUCAGUCCAGGGACUCUACUGGGGUUUCCAACCCCCAGGCCUCACCUCGUUUGCCUCCUCAGGCUGGAAAACCAGCUACUGACCAUAACCAGGUAGAGCCCCUGAGGUUUCCCCUUCCUGCUGCCUUGUUUUGAAGGGAUCAAUGGGAGCUCUGCCCCAUGUCUGAUAUCACCAGACCCUGGAUGCUGCCUGACCCUUCCCCCAGGGAACCUCAGACUUCUGCCUGCUGGGUCUGCACAGGGUACGCCUCAGUCACUGCCCUUCCUCAGGAAGCCUCCCAGAUGUGGCUCCCAGCCACUGAGCCCACCCUUCCAGGCCUGUACUGAGGAAGGGAUGAGCUUGCAGCUCCUGGGGUCUGGAAAGGAUCCUGACAAAAGUGCAAAGUGCCCUCCUAUGAUCUUUUCAGGUGAUUGGGGGCUGAGGAGACUUCCUGGAACCUGAGCCCCUCCCCAAACUCAUGGGGGCUGCCCUGCUAGAGGGGAGAUGAAGGAAACACAGUUACCCUCCUCAAGGAAAUAAUCAGACACAGAGCAGACCUCCCACUGUCCCCUCCAGAGGCUCCCAGAGUACAGUGAGCAACAUCUACCCCUGAGUUAGAGGCUCCUAGAGUCCCCAGGGCCAAAGCUUCAGCCUCCAGACCCUUCACCUCGCGGUCCUUAUUUGAAAAUUGCCUCUAGGCAUAAGAAAUCAUUUUUAAAAUGCAGGCUGUAGCAGCCUUGUGUUUGUAAACAUUUAUUCAAAAUUAACUAGCAUUCUAGGUGUAGUGAUGAAGGCCUGUAAUCCCAGUGACUUGGUAGGCAGGAGGAUCACAAGUUUAAGGCCAACCUCAGCCAAUUUAGCAAGACUCUGUCUCGAACUAAAAUCAAAAGGACUGAAGAUGAGCUGAGCCUGAUGCUACACUCCUAUAAUCCUUGUGACCUGGGAGGCUGAGGCAGGAGGAUCACAAAUUCAAGGCCAGUCUCAGCAAUUUAAAAACGACUGGAGAUGCAGCUCAGUGGUUAAGCACCCCUGGGUCCAAUCCUCAGCACCCUCCCCUGCCAAAAAAAAUUAAAGAGCAUCAAUUGCCUCUAUCAGGAAACACGUUACUUUCCAUUUUACUUUUAUAACAUUGUAACAUUUUUAUUCCGUUCUGUGACUAUAAUUUGGAAAUUUCUUUUGUCUUCAUUCUAUAUUCAAAUAAGAGUCCACUAUGGUUUCUCCUUUCCUGGGUGCUCAUCAUUGUCUGGUUUUGUCGGAUGAUAAGAAUGCCUUUGGGGACUGGGGCCAGAGCUCAGAGCAUUUGCCUAGACUGUAUGAGACCCUGGGUUCAUCCCCCAGUACUCCCCCCACCAAUAAAAAAAAAAAGAAGAAGAAGAAGAAUGCCUACAGAAGAUCUGGGA